GUUGGGAGAAAUAUGUCAUUAAGGUGUUGUCAAAAUGAGCCGUGUAGUUGUGGGCUGUUCCCUAAGUUUGUGGUUUUAGAUUUUCAAAGGGGCGGAUUUCUUAUUGGCUAUGGGAUCAAGUUCCUGAAACUGGUCUUCUAUAGCUUGAAAAAUGUCAUCGUAACAGGAGGCGCCAAGGAACUUAAGUGUAACUCACACGCAAAGAAAAUGACGAAAGUUCCUCAGGGGUUUGAUUUCAGUUUCUUAAAUGACGAAGAAGCCAGGAAGAUCCUUCAGGUGCUGGAAAGAAAUGAGCAACUACAAAGGGCAGAGAAGGACAGGAUCAGCAAACUCCAGAAGACAAAGAGGGAUAUCAGAUGGCUUCAGGGAGUGACUGGUGAAUGGUUUGAAGAAAUUCAAAGAAAAAAGUUUUGCAAUGAAACAAAUGUUAGCCAAAUGUUAAAACAACCACUUACAUCCAGGCUAAGGAAGGGGAUGGCUGAAAACGAUCCUAUGGAAUCACAAACAUCAAGAUCUAAAAAUAUACCUAAUCAAAGAAGCCCAACCUCCAUUUCUUCUCGGCUGAGCUUCAAAUCAUCAUUUGCUUCCCUGUUCUCAUUCAGAAAAUCCAGAAAGGAGACUUUAAAUCUUCAAUCGUUGGAACAGAAAGGAUGUGACAGCCACGCAGGACCUCCUGUGUCUGUGAGGGGAACAGCUUCGCAGGCAAAAAUAUACAAUUCACCUCUGGAAAAUCAACCAGUUGACAGUGCAUUUGUCCCCAAGCCAGCAAGCAUGAGGGAGGGAAGUGGCAUGUCUCCAUGGGAUGCUUCACUGCUGGAGAAUGAGUUUUUCCAAGUUUUAGAUGAUUUGGAUAGCAAACUGGCUCAGGAACAAUUUCCAAGCUCGGUGAAUACCAGACCAUCUCUCAACUACGGAUCAAAAACACAAUUCAGUCAUUUUUACUCCAGUGGGAACAGACAUGGUAAUAUCACAGGAAGGCACAACAAUCACUAUAAUGAAACUUCUAACAUGUCUAUCUAUGACAUCCUAAGACCAGGAACCCCUAGGGAAGGCUUUAAAACCUUUUCUCCUAGAACAAGGACAAUUUAUGAUAUGUACAGGGCAAGGGAGCCCAGAGUCUUAAAAGAAGAUUAUAUGCAAAAGAAUACUUUUGGUAGUACUUCUCUGUGUUUCGACAGCAGGCAACGAUCGGCCUCCUCAGCUACAGGGUAUUUCACAGUAAGAAGCUUACAUUUUCCAGCCACAACUCAAAACAAGAGUGGGUUUAUACCACCAAGCCACCAGCAGAGCCCAAAGAGAACUCCUUUAUCAUCCAUCAUAUGGAAUAGAUCAGAUUCUUCUAGAGAUAGGCAGAACCAGGAAGAGUUCCUAAGGGCACCAUCACCAAUGGAAAUUGACCCUGCUGACCAGUAUAUGUAUCCCAGGUGUUUUCAAGAGAAUAAGAGAUAUGAAUUUUACCGUUCACAGAGUGUUUACCAAAGUGUUAAUUUACACGCCCCCAUGGAUAAUGCAAUGGGUCCUGACCCCUUUGAGAACUCAGAGAAUAUGCCAUUCUACCAUCAAGACAACCCAUUUGCUAGGUCUUUCUUUGGCAAUACCUUUGGUCGAAGCAGGGAACAGAGAUAUGGACAAAGUCCUUUUUGGGGCCAACAGGAAGAACAUUCUUCCUGGUCUGAGUUUCAUCAAAGCAGGAAAACAUUCACUUCUUCUGAACGAGACUUUGAAAUGAUUUCCAUUGAAGCAAAUAGUGCAUCAGCUGGCCAUGGCUAUAGUGUUCCUUCUCAACACUGGGGAUCAUUUUCUCCUAGUUACAGAACAAAUAUUUCCAGAGACCAAGAGGAGCCACAUCCCUGGCAGUUUGAUUCUCAAGCAUCCACACUGGAGAGCAUGGAGGUGUCACAAGGUAAUGGGAACCAGUCGACUCAUGUCGGCACAGCAAAUAUCUGCUCCAUGUCUGGUUCAAGCUAUCACGUCAAACCUGGUGGGUUAGAAUGUCAACAGGACAGUUCUUCUAUAGAAGUACAUGUAAACAAAGAACCUUACUCAUUUGGAAUUGCUCAGACUGCAGCAUCCUCAUUCAAAACUUCCUUCCCCCAGAUUCCUGAUGACAGAGGCAAUUCUCAGAGCCCCAACUUUCAGAAUCCCACAGUCACUUUGCAGAAAAUUAAGCCUGCCUCUCUUCCAAUAAGAAGCUAUACACAUGUCACUGUGACCAACAGCGAUUCAGUUGAUUCUCCACCUCUUACUGAAAUCCAACCCAAUAUCUUGGUCUCAGAAGUGAAUAAUGAGAAAGACUUGAAUGAAUCUGUUUUGGAAAAAGACAAACAACUAAACAGGAUGGACCAGACAAACAUGACAGGUGAAAUACCCCAACCUGUUUCACAGACAGUAAUCUCUAACCCUUUACCUGCUUUUCAAAAUCCCCUCUCCCAGGACUCAGCCAAGAGCAACAGACUUGUUUUUAAUGCAUCUACUCCAGUAAGUUCAAAAAGGUCACCUGGAGUCAUUUCCAGGAAAGAUGUCUCCAAAAUUAAUAUAUCACACAGAGAUAAAGUCAAUGAACUAAAAAAAGAUAAGAGUUAUACCAGGAACAGAAAACUUGGCUCAGCAACUUCCCUUCCUUUCAUUCAGGAAAGCAGAACAACAUCAUCUUUUCCCAGCCCAAAUCAAGGUUGUCACCAGGAAGCAACAGUAAGUAAUGAAGAUAAUUCAAGCAUCAUUAAAAAUAACCACUGCAGCUCUGAACCUCCAGAAAAGUCUGCUAUUUUAGAUAUCAAGGAAGAAGAGUGUACCACAACUCAUUCUACCAACCGUGGCAAGUCAGCUGCCAGCCACAAUAUUCCAGGUGAUUCUUUAGAUCUGUCAUCAGGUACACUACCAGAUUCCUCACCAUCGACUAAUUCUUUCCUUGAUGCUCUGGUGAUCCCUUCAAAAACUACAGUGUUCUCCAGGAAAAGUCCUCCUAGCAGAGAUGCAUCUCUGGGAGAAAGAGAAGAAAAAGACAAGGAUAGCAAGAAGCAAAAUGAUCAGUUUGUCCUAAACCCCUCAGAAAACCAAAAGAGUAGUGAUAGUUGUGUGCCUGUAUGUAAUGAGGUGGUUGAUGUUGUCAAACGCCGUUCACACCCUCCUUUCAGGGAGGGAAAGGGAAAAGGAAAAAUAAGACAACGCAUAUCCUGUAUUGAAAAGUUAAGCAAAAUGGAAAGUAGAACACCCACCAGUGAUAGCAGUAGCCUCAUUGAGGUGAAUCAAAGCAAUUCCAAGGCUCCUGAGCUUCACACAAUUUAUUGUACCUUACCAAGACAAUCAGCCAGUUUUCUCAUCAGUAACAGGAAGUCAGAAAGUAAGAUAAUGGCUUCUUCAUUUAGGAAUGGGCCACUUCCAUUCCAAAUCAAAAAUAAUGUGGAAGAUCCAAUAGGGAAGCACACAUCAGACAAAUUCAGUCCCAGUUCUUCUGAGUCAGAAAGCAAAUGUUCCAAAGUAGUUUCAGACUCAGUCUCAGUAGCCCCUGAAGCCACAGAGAGGAUGACAAAUAUGAAAAACAUUGGAUCUGCUUCUGUUAGAAAAGAAUCACUUCCAUUCCCCAUCAAGAGGGCUGUGUCAUGUCCUUCAGGGGUACCACAUGCCUCAGUUGGAAGAGAUGAAAGAGAAAAAUGCUUGGUCUCAAACAUGGAUGCUUCUGCUAUAAUGUUAAGGCCUUGGGAGAGAAUCAUUAACCCUCUGGAAAGUGACUCAUCUGUUAAGGAUUGUUCUUUAACCAAAAGACACCGCCAACAGGAAUACUUUCAAGAAUGCACUGAAAAGGAUGGUAAAAUUGCUGCCUCCAGGACAGGUAUAUUUUCCCUUUCAAAUGAAGACCCUUUACCUUUUUCUUCAGACAUGUCAGGAAAAGAAAGCGGGAAAACAUUACAUAAAUUUAAGACUACGAGUAUGUUUUCUGUUUCUGGUGAUGAAGAUAAUGUAAAAUGUCUUGAGGUGGUUUCAAUAUAUUACACUCUACCAAGGAAACACAGCAAACAAUUCUGUAACCUCCUUCAAAAGUAUACACAAAAUAUUGAUUCCCUUACGGAAUUAGCUAAAGUGGAGACUGAAACAUUUCCUAAUGCUUUAGAAAAAGACAAACUAAAUUAUUCUACACAAGAGCAAUCAGGAACACCUUCUUCAGAAGAUCUAACGCUGCCAGUCAACUCUGCUCAGGAGAACAGCCAUUGUCUUUCUAACACAUCUGAAAAUAUGACUGUUUUACAAUUAGCAAGUAUUGGGCCCUCAGAACCUACAUUACAGGAAAUGGCUUCUAUUGAGGCAGAUGUUUCUCUUCAUAAUGGAGAAUCUAAAACUAGAGAGAUUUCCCCAGAUAACUUAGCUAACCCACCACUUCUAGGUGAUUCACAAAGCAGGAGAGUGAGAGGGAAAAAAUUGCAAAAUGAAACCCUGCAUACUUCAUCAAUUCUUCAGGGAAAAAAAGUUGCGGAAAAGGAAUCUGAAAAUUGUCAGCAAUCCAUUAAAUCAGGUAACAGUGGUCCUUUUUAUCUUCCAGCCCAUUCAGAAAAUGUUGAAAAUUCCCAAACUGGGAGAAGUUCUGGGGAGCAUGUAGGUGGUGGUAUAGCUAUUACAGCCAUGGGAUGUGGAAAGUGUCUUCAGAAAGAUAUCAGUGAUAGUGCCAAUGGAUUGCAGCUCGGGGAGGUCAGAGGGGAAAUUGGAACAGAUUUCCAAAAAAUGACUGAUAAAGCACUUUCUGACUCAGAAAGCCAAGUCUUUGCUCUUACUCCAGCUUUGCAUAAACUCCAGCUUGAUGAGGAGACUCAUUCAGGUGAAUCAAAUUUAGAGAGUUUGCGGUCUGAACCCAGGGAACUACUUCAAAGAAGUCAGGAGGUAAAUAUGACAGAGAACAGGAAGGCUAAGGAUGAAAUGCAGAAGUUGGCAUGGGAUCAGCCUUUACUUCCUAGAGGAAGUAAUAAAAAUAAAACCAGCUUGGAUGACCUAGAAAAAGGGAAAAAUAGAUCUUCAGUUAAACACAGAUUGGCAGCCAUGUCCAAAGCAAGCAGAAAAUUUCCAGCUAAAGAUCUAAGCCCCAGAAGACAUGUAGCUACUAUUUUCCCCAAAAGUGGCAACAGUUCUGACUUUGGUGGUUUAUCUCUUGGCACACCAGAGUGCAACCCACUGUUCCCUGAGCCUACUCCAAAGUCCACAGACUCCACAGAUGAAAGCAGGUUUAGUAAUGAUGGAAUGGAUGUGGAGAAAUCUGAGAACCCUCUCCAGGUUACUGUAAUAUCCAACACAGAAGCUUCUACACACUUAAGCAUUCAGAAGUCAAACAGCAUGUCACAGCCACAUCAGAAUGAGUUUGAAAAUAUCUCAGAAUCACCAGCAAAGUAUGAGAAUUCUAAAGAUGUAACUGUAGCUCAGAUUUUGGAAAGUGAGUCGGAAGCCCUGGCCCAGCCCACCAUCACCAGCCUCAGGGAAGCAGACUUCUCUGACCACCCUUUUCCAUUCGAGACUGCAGAGAAAUCAAUAAACAUUGGGGUGGCCAGCUGUCAGCAACAACAAAGGAGUGCUUCCUCUCUCGAGUGGGAACCUGAGCCACAUCCCUAUCGUUCAAAGAGUUUAAAAAGCAUCAAUAUGCACAGUGAUCUGCUACGAAAAAGUCAUCCUCCGAAACUCAGGGAACGCCAUUUUUCUGAAAGCACCUCUAUUGACAAUGCCCUGAGUCAACUGAGCCUUGGGAAUGAAGUCUCUAACACCAGUGGGUACAGUCGAAGAUUCAAAUCUUUUUCUGAACUUCCUUCCUGUGAUGAAAAUGAAAAUUGGGCUUUGUGUAGCAGCAGGACAAAAAUGGGUCCCAAGUCUGCAACAUCUAUAUCCAGACCUAUUGACUAUGGAAUUUUUGGGAAAGAACAGCAGUUGGCUUUCUUGGAGAAUGUAAAGAGGUCACUCACACAAGGAAGAUUAUGGAAACCAAGUUUUCUUAAGAACCCUGGCUUCCUGAAAGAUGAUGUAAUUAACUGUUCUAACCCAUCGAAGUCAUCAAGCUCAGAUUCUCCUAGCAAUCAGAUGCCAGAAGAUGGCUUAUCUCCAAGUGCACCACUUAAUAUCUAUGAAGAGGAUCCAGUGGACUCAGACUGUGACACAGACACAACCACAGAUGAUGAAUACUACCUGGAUGAAAAUGACAAAGAGUCUGAACUGUGAGGCAUUUUCAAUAAAAUGCCUAACCUUUUCACCAAAAGCUUGUAAUGGAAAUAAAGUAUAAAUGUGUAUGUCCAUAGGAAGGACAGAUAUAAAAAGAUCUAGU